AUGACCGUCCCAAGGACGCAUGAGGAAGGAGGAGGGCUGAAGACCGUCACAAGUGCCUAUAAAAUUCAGGCACCUGUAACUCAAGGUACUGACGCCAUCGAAAAUUAUACCGGCUCGGUCGUCGCCCAGGUUACCAAGGGCCGCGCAGGAUGUUGGGGGACUGAGGCAGAAUGCGAAAAGUCGGUCAUCAGAACCUGCUCAUUGCCCUCUGCCAGCCAGGGGCGUAGCAGCACAAAGACGACUGACGAAGAUCGACGCAAUGACGACGAAGAUACCAGUCAGCAACGGAGACGCUACCCGUUCUGA